AUGUACAAACUAGUGGUUGCUGGCGGAGGUACAGCAUCAGUAAAUAUUGUGAGCCAAAUCAUUCGCGCAGGAAAACUCAAGCCCAAUGAAAUAGCUGUAAUAGACCCAUCUCCAAAACAUUAUUACCAGCCUGCAUGAUCUAUGAUAGGUGGAGGAGUUUUAGGGAAUAAUAAUGAAGUAAAAUCCAAACUCAAAAACUAUGUGAGAGACACCCGAUCCUUAUUUCAUCCCGAUAUAAACUUUUAUUCAAAAUCAGUCACAAAAUUCAUGCCUGAUUUAAAUAAAAUCCAAAUUGAAGGCAAUGAAGAAAUUUCUUAUGAAAACUUGGUUGUUGCUUUAGGUCUUGUAAUGGACUAUGAUAGACUGCCAGGCUUAAAAGAUGCUUUAGAAGAUGAAAAUUCCAAAGUAGGGACUAUCUAUGAUUUGAAUUAUGCAAUGAAAACAAAUAGGUUGAUUUCUGAAUUCCAAGGAGGAAAAGCUUUUUUCACAGAGCCAACACAGCCAAUUAAAUGUGGAGGAGCACCACAAAAGAUUAUGUACCUUGCAGAUGGUAUUUGAAGAGAUAAAAAUGUUCGUGACAAAACCAAUAUCAAUUUUUUCCUUCCAAUGUAUUCGAUAUUUACAUCUCCUUACUAUGCAAAGCUUCUAAUAAAAAUAGCUGACUUCUCCUCCAAGAAAUAAAAUAUAUUUUAUUUUUAGGAAAUAACUUCAUCAAUAUGCAAAAGAUCUUUAAUAAAAAUUUCUUACUCCCCCUUUAAAUUUGAACAAACAUCAGUAAAAUUUGCAUUUUGGAGCUCUAAUCCCUUUUAAAUUGGAAAUAGGAAAAUUUUAUCGAUGAAAAUAUUGAUUUUUAUAAAAUUAGUUUUAACCUAAUUUUAUCGACAAAAUAAAGUAGGAUAUUAUUAAGUAUUUCUCACGCUGAAUCGAUUAAAAUUUUUUAUUUAAUUCUUCGUAAUAUAAUUAAAAUUGAAGGUAUUGUGAUCAAUUUAUAUUUUUUUAUUCGCUUAUUUAAUAGACAAAAACAAGUAGAAUGUUAUUUAAAUAUUUUUCACUCUGAAUAGAUUAAUUUUUUAAUUUAAUCUUUAUAAAAAUAAAUUAAAAUUUAAACUAUUGAGUUCAAUUUUUAUCUCUUAAAAAUUCUAAAAACAAUUUUUUUAAAAAAAAUAAAAGAUGAAGAUUUAUUUUAUAACAUUAGUUUUGACCUGCUUUAAUGGAAAGAGUGAAGAUAGAAUGCUAUUUAAACAAUUUUUUACACUAUAUCGAUUAAUUUUUAAUUAUUUCUUCAUAGCAAUAAAAUAAAAUUCAAAGUUGUGCUAAUUUUUUUUUUAAAAUUCAAAGUUGUGCUAAUUUUUUUUUAAAAAAUUUAAAAAAAAUCUUUUAUAGAGCAAAAUUUUAAUAAAAAUAACUUUUGUUCCAAUUUAAAGGGGAAGUUAGUAUAUAAUAUUUUAAUUUAACUAUUUCUGACUUAUUUUGCUAAUUUAGAAGGCUAGAGUUUCUGAAACUAUAAUUUGAUAAAUUAAAUUCAUAGACAAUCUUAAAGGCAAAAUAGCUUUUUCUAAUAUAACUUUAAUUUUCUUCUUGAAACCCAUAAAAAUAGAAGAGAGAGUGAGGAUAAAAAUGUUUUGGUCCACUAUGGCCAUUUAUUAACAAAAUUGAAUUGAAAAAAUAAUGAAGCAAUUUUUGCUCAUAAUAAACAAGAGAUCAAGCUAAAUUAUGACUUCAUCCAUGUCACACCUUUUCAGUCUACACCAAAAGCGUUAAAAAAUUCUCCAGUUAGUGAUAAAGACGGUCUAGUAGAUGUUGAUAAAGGCACACUUAGACAUGUAAAAUAUGAAAAUGUAUGGGGAAUUGGAGACUGCUCAAAUCUUCCAACCUCAAAAACUGCGAGCGCCGCCAUUGAUCAAGCGUUUGUACUAGUAAACAAUCUUAUUAAAACAAUAGAGAAGCAAGGAUUAAAUGCCAAAUAUACAGGAUAUACAUCUUGCCCACUGUUUGUUAGUCAUGGAAAAGGAAUCCUAGCAGAAUUCAAAUAUGAAGGAAUUCCAGAUCAUACUUAUACAAAGCUUAUGGAUAAGCCUAACAGGUUUGCGUAUUUUUUGAAUAAAUUUGUUAUGCCAAAAGCAUAUUUUUGGUUAAUGCCUAAAGGUAGAUGGUAUGGAAGAAGGUUAAUAUUUCCACCAAAAUUUAAAUAA